AGAGUUAGAGAGAGAGUUAGAGACAAUGUCCCUCCUCCGCAGAACCUUCUUCUUCCCUAAAUCCCUCCCUCUCUUCUCCCACACCCUCCAUUUCCUCAACCGCCCCUCUCUCCCUAAACCCACCUCCGCCCUCUCCGCCUCAUCUUCCGCCGCCCCAUCUCCACCUCAAACCCUCUCUCCCAUCCCCAAACCCCAAUCCCCCAGCCUCCUGUGGGUCCCCCGCACCGCACUCUGCGGCGAGCUCUCCGCGGAUGACGUCGGCAAGCGCGUCACCCUCUGCGGCUGGGUCGCCCUCCACCGCGUCCACGGCGGCCUCACUUUCCUCAACCUCCGCGACCACUCCGGCACCGUCCAGGUCGCCACUCUCCCCGACGCUUUCCCCGACGCGCAUAACGCCGUCAACGACCUCCGGCUCGAGUACGUCGUCGCCGUCGAGGGCCUCGUCCGGUCCAGACCGGCCGACUCGGUCAAUAAGAAAAUGAAAACCGGCUCAAUUGAGAUUGCGGCGGAGAAUGUGCAAGUGUUGAAUGCAGUGAGGGCAAAGCUGCCGUUUUUGGUUACUACUGUGGAGGAUGCCAAGGACUCGGUGAAGGAGGAGAUUCGGUUGAGGUACCGGUGUCUUGACUUGCGCCGGCAGCAGAUGCAAUCGAACGUAAUGCUGCGGCAUAAGGUGGUGAAAUUGAUGAGGAGGUAUCUAGAGGAUGUGCACGAUUUUGUGGAGAUUGAGACUCCAAUACUCUCUAGAUCGACACCCGAGGGAGCACGAGAUUAUUUAGUACCCUCAAGAGUUCAGCCAGGAACAUUUUAUGCUUUGCCUCAAAGUCCCCAACUGUUCAAGCAAAUGUUGAUGGUUUCUGGUUUUGAUAAGUAUUAUCAGAUAGCAAGAUGUUUUAGGGAUGAAGAUUUAAGAGCUGAUAGGCAGCCUGAGUUCACACAGCUUGAUAUGGAGCUUGCUUUUACUCCUUUAGAGGACAUGCUGAGGCUCAAUGAAGAUUUGAUAAGAAAGGUUUUUUUAGAGAUCAAAGGUGUACAUCUUCCAAACCCAUUUCCUAGACUUACAUAUGCUGAAGCAAUGAGUCGUUAUGGUUCAGACAGGCCAGAUAUUAGAUUUGAUCUUGAGCUGAAAGAUGUAUCUGAUAUAUUCUCGGAUUCCACAUUCAGGGUGUUUGCUGAUACGUUGAGUAGUGGAGGAAUUAUAAAAGUUCUAUGUGUACCUUGUGGAGCUAAAAGAUAUUCAAACACAGCUCUAAAGAAGGGAGAUAUUUAUAAUCAAGCAGUGAAGUCUGGAGCGAAGGGCUUGCCUUUCCUGAAGGUCUUGGAUGAUGGUGGAAUUGAGGGAAUUCCUGCAUUAACAUCUAGUUUGGAUCAAACAAAGAUAGAGCAAUUUCUGACCCGUUGCUCUGCCAGGCCAGGGGAUCUGAUCUUGUUUGCAGUUGGUCAUCAGACAUCUGUUAAUAAAACCCUGGAUCGAUUACGGGUCUUUGUUGCACAGGAGCUUGAUUUGAUUGAUGAUUCCAGGCAUUCAAUUCUGUGGGUUACUGAUUUCCCAAUGUUUGAAUGGAAUGACAUGGAGCAAAGACUCGAGGCCUUGCAUCACCCUUUUACUGCCCCAAAUCCUGAGGAUAUAAAUGAUCUUUCGACUGCCCGUGCUUUAGCAUAUGACAUGGUUUACAAUGGAGUUGAGAUUGGUGGCGGAAGUCUGAGAAUUUAUAAACGUGAGGUGCAGCAAAAGGUGUUGGAAAUCGUUGGGAUCUCGUCUGAAGAGGCUGAAGCAAAGUUUGGCUAUCUUCUUGAGGCAUUAGACAUGGGUGCCCCUCCGCAUGGGGGAAUUGCCUAUGGUUUGGAUAGAUUGGUCAUGUUGUUGGCCGGUGCUAGUUCCAUCAGGGAUGUCAUUGCUUUCCCGAAAACUACAACUGCACAAUGUGCUCUUACCAGAUCGCCAUCCGAGGUGGAUCCCCAGCAGCUCAAGGAUUUGUCAUUUCAGACUCGUUAGAAGACUACUACACUCAUCUUCAAUCAGAUGCACGAGCUCACUUUUGAUGGUCCAGGGUACUAGUAUUCACUGAUCUUUCCUGUUUGAUGUCAUAAUAGUUACGGAAACCAUAGCAGCCAAUCUCCUUUGUCAUACACUCAUACUGCUUGUACUUUGAUGAUCUAGAUCCCCAGUUUGUGGAUACGGACAAGCUCACUUUAACCAUAUCAUCAACGAAGCCAAGCUCAAUAGUUUGUCUGAAGAGAAUAAUAGAGCUAAUUGAUGAAAUUCUUUGUUGCAUCUAUAUUGCAUCCUAGUCGUGUCUGACUUUCCGUUUCUCGUGAAGGCGUGAUACCUUGAUGUAGAUCAUGUUACUACAAAUU